CGUACUCUAUAUCAGUGUCUCUCACUGGGUGUUUUGUUUGAGGCAGGCAAGGCUGCAGUCAACGGCAGGCAGGAUGUUGCGGCUUCGCUGUAAGACCAAAAAUGGGAGCCACAUUAUGCAGGGCUUGACCCAUCAGUCCUGUGUGCAGGAGCUGAAGAGUAAGGUAGAGGAGCUGACUGGUAUCCCCUGUGACGUGCAGAAAAUUAUGGUUGGUUAUCCACCCUCGAGCCUUGAUCUUCGAAAUGGAGACGCCCACCUCAAGGACUACCCCAUCAAAUCAGGAGACACCCUCAUUGUGGAAGAGGAAAAAAACAAGCCAAAGUCUCAGGAUCAUCCCAUUGUGACUAAAGCACCACGCCUGGAAGCCUCACCUGUGCUGGCACGUCGAGUGGUCCCAGCUGACAACUCCUGCCUCUUCACUAGUGUUUAUUAUGUGGUGGAAGGUGGUGUGUAUGACCCUGCUUGUGCCCCUGAAAUGCGAGGCCUUAUUGCCCAGAUAGUGUCGAGUGACCCAGCAGCUUACUCUGAAGCAGUGCUGGGAAAAACCAAUGAGGACUACUGCUCCUGGAUAAGGCGCGAUGAUACCUGGGGGGGAGCCAUUGAGGUGUCCAUCCUGUCCAAGUUUUACCAAUGCGAGAUCUGUGUGGUGGACACUCAGACAGUCAGAGUAGAUAGAUUUGGGGAGGAUGCCGGCUACCACAAACGUGUGCUGCUGAUCUAUGAUGGCAUCCACUAUGACCCGCUGCAGAGAGAGAUCCCCGGCUCUGAUGCCCCGCCCCAGACUAUCUUCUCUACCACAGACGACGUAAUCCUGGCCCAGGCCCUCGAGCUGGCAGACGAGGCUCGCCGCAAGCGGCAGUUCACAGACGUUAACCGCUUUGCAUUGCGCUGCAUGGUGUGCCAGACAGGCCUGGUGGGACAAAAGGAAGCUCGUGAACACGCCAAGGAGACAGGCCACACCAAUUUUGGUGAAGUGUGAAAGUGGUCGUGUGUUUUCUCUCUCUCACAAAUACAACCACCACCAACCCCGUGCCCCUCGUCUGGCAACUCUGUUGGUCCGUCUGCUUGUGUGAUCCUCUACCUCACAUUAUUAUCCAGUGACAUCUUUGGAGAAUCUGCAGACACUGUGUUCAGCCUCUAACCUGUUCAGUAUUACUUUUGAACUGCUGUCAGUUCUUAAAGUCCGAAACACUACUGCAGUGCUCUGAUGGCAUUAAACCAUCAUGUACGUCUAUUUAGGGAUGGUUUCAAAUAUGUUUUACUGGGUCAAGUAAAAUAUGCAAGCAAUUCUUAGGAUUUGUUUUGAUUUCUCAUCAGCUGGGUUGCACUGACAUCAACCAAAUGGUGACUGAUGUGUUGUCUAUUAGAAAGUGCAUUUUUUUGCCAUGAUUGAACCCGUGUCUGAUUGAAGUUGUGUGUGAUAAAACACUACUAUAUGGCUCUAAAUGGAGUUUAAAACAACCGCUAAGAAUUAUUUGCACUGUGAUGUGAUCCCAUUCACUGUUGUCUUAAAUGCAGCACACCAAGUUUGACUGUUAUUCAUCCUGUUGGUUAUGUAGCAUGUUUUUUUAUUUCUCUUGUGAACAGAUUUCAGAGAUUCUUCCAAUGUUUCGGUAAUUUGGUUAAUCUAUAUAGAUUUGUGCAAGUUGUGACCUCUCCAGGUUGGGCAGUUGGGCCAGAAGAUCAUGUAAUGAUGUUUUCAGGUAGAAUCUCAAUUCAUAAUCUGAAUCACAAUUCUCCCAGCUGAUUUUGUAGAACUUAUGCGAUAACAUCAUCAGCUUUGCAAAUGAUCUUAAUUUGGCAUAUGAGCUGGUUUUCACAAGAGUUGUAGAGGUCAUGUCAUCAAGGAUGCCAUGUGUAAGUAUUUUAUUUAGAAAGUUAAGUCUCUGCUAACCACCCUGCCCAUUCCUUGCUGCCUUGUGUUCCCCGACCUGCAGGUUGCUAGAUCACUGUCAUGUUCAGCUGCCUCUCCACUGAGUCUUGUCCUGCAGACAGACUCUACCUCCUUUGUUUUGCAACUGGUGACCGUUGUCAGCUGUUUGAUCAUGGGUAAAUUUUGUGGCGUCCUUGUUCUGCUCUGCAGCCUCGGUGAGCUUGGCGUAGUGGCAUAUGAACCAGUUCUCCACCUGCUGCUGAUUCUGGUUGGAGUGGCCCUCCAGUUUGCAGGAGUACAAUGACUACUGUCAGUCCAAGAUGGUGCAGGAGCAGCCCAUCUGCAGAAUAACAAACUUAUUGGAGAGGCACCUGAAUGAUUUCAAGCACCACCACUACAGUGACCUGGCCAACAUGAAGUUGGGAAACACGAGGUGGGACAGGCUGAGGCUAGCUGGUUAGCAGUGACAGACUUUAAAAAUAAAAUACUUAAAUGUAGCACCAUUAAUGUCGUGAUUUGUACGAUUCCUCUGAAAAACUGAACAUUGCCUAAUUAAAAUCAUCCAUGAUAUAAGAUCAUCAGAUUGCCCACCCCUAAGCAUCUCUCAAUUAAUUUAGCUGUGGCCAUUAAGAUUGACAUUAUGCAUCUUGAAAUACAAUAUCAUAUAUUCAAAUUGUGGUCCAAAAUUAGCCUAAUGAUGUAUGUGGACUUUACUACUUUUAUUUUUUGAUGUUGCAACAUCAUUUAUAGUGAGUUUGUUUUAAAUUUGACAAAAAAAAUUUAAAGUAAUGGUGCUGUAAACAACACAUUAAAAUCUGUAGCUGCAUUGUUUUUUGUCAUGGGUACGACAGGUUUUCAGGUGUGUAAUUUUUAAGUCUAGCUCGCAACUUUCAAAUGUUCCAUGAUGUAAGAACUCAUCUUUUUAAAAUCCUUUUUCCGUUUAAAUCGCUGCACAUUUUGAAAAUCCUUUCAAGUGUGAUACUGUUUGUCUGGGUGUAACAAUUCAAGGCGACUGGCAUAGUGUACUGACUAGAAAUCUGCAAUGAAUGUGAGGCGCAUGGUGUGAGAUCCGGUCUGCCCACUUAAUGCAUUUACUGUUCAGGUACAGUCCAGAUACAGAUCAUGUCCUUUGCUAAUCAACAUUAACCAUUUACCGUGUCCCCUCAGAUUUUUAGCUGUAAGUUCUGUGUUGAAUUCUAAGUAAAGACACAUUUUGGUUUAGUAUGCAGUGCAUGUUGUCCAAAAGCUGUUUUGCACAAAUGGAGCAUGUUCUCACAUUUUAAGGUAAAUUCAGGCAUCAUCUCUUUGCUAAUUCCUUUGAUGCAUACUGCCUACAAGGAUGAAGCAUGCACUUAUCUAUGUCAAAUAUCAGGUCAAAUAAUGCUUAAUUGGAGAGGUUGGUGGAUAAUAUGGAUUAGUUGUUUUUAAAUCAAAGACCUUUUUGUUGCCUAGCAUUGUGCAGGAGCAGUAAUUCUUUUUCGUCUUUAAUGGCAAUAUUUGUCCUGAGUUGUUGCCAAUAACAAUAAGCUUGACACUGGAAGAAUUGAGUGGAGCUUCUUUCAGAAUUUCAGAAUUUCCCUCCAAGUGGUGGGACUGAAUGACAGGCAAAGCAAAAAUGUCAAAUUUUCUUUUUUAAUUUUUUUUUUAAUGUGAAUUGCUGAUUUUUUUUCCUCAUCUGUUACCGUAGGUCGUUUAUAUGAUUUUAACAGUGCUCAUGGAUUAAUCCGCUUGCAUAAAGGUGAAACUAUGAAAUGGCUUUGUUGUAUUUUGUAUUUACUAAGUUCUCAUGACUAACAAUAACAAUGAAUGUUGCAUACAAAGCACUACAGAAAAACUGGAUUUACUUGAUUUUUUUCAGUGUUAUCACAAAUAAAAGUUAUAGCCAACAGUG